AUGAAAGGCGCCAUGGGACCCGUUCACAAGGUAAAGUCGAUCGUGGAGGCAGGUACCCCAAAGAACUCAUUGCAGCGACAAGCGGUUGAUACAGCUAGCCAAGUUCUAGCUCUCUGGCCGGGUACAGUCAACGGCCUGGUUCUGCCAGACCAAAAGGUCCUUGUACCUAAGCCCUGGGGUCCAGUGAUCAAAAAGCAGGAUAUCUUUGCGAAUGCAGUAUCUGAGGUGAUGAUUGGUUCUCUCAUUUCAAGGGGCAAGGAGACGUUCAUUGUGGCAGCAACUCCUGGAGGGCAGUAA